CCCAACACGCCGCUGUCAACUGUCAAAACAAAUCAUAUAGCAGCCGUCAAAGUUGGUUCUCCCGCAUUAUUUUGUAUUUUUACUUCAACGAGUUGUGUUUCACUAUUUUUAUCAAAAUGAAGAUGAAAUUAAUUGACUCGGUGGUGCGGAGUUUCAAAGUGGCCAAGGUUUUCCGUGAGAACACGGAUAAAAUCAACGCAAUUGACUUUUCGCCAAAUGGCGAGCAUUUGAUUUCGUGCAGUGAAGACGAUCAAAUUGUUAUUUACGAUUGCGAGAAAGGGACUCAGUCGCGAACGGUGAAUUCAAAGAAAUACGGAGUUGACUUGAUACACUUCACGCACGGCAACAACACAGCAAUUCACAGUUCGACAAAAGUGGACGACACCAUACGCUACCUGAGCCUGCACGACAACAAAUAUUUGAGGUACUUUCCGGGCCACACGAAGAAAGUGAUCUCGUUGUGUAUCUCGCCGGUGGAGGAUACUUUCCUGUCAGGCUCGCUGGACAAGACAUUGCGGCUCUGGGACCUGCGCUCGCCGAAUUGCCAGGGGUUAAUGCACUUGUCAGGUCGGCCGGUAGCGGCUUACGAUCCGGAGGGACUCAUCUUCGCCGCAGGAGUGAACUCGGAGAGCAUAAAGUUGUAUGACUUAAGGUCCUUCGACAAAGGCCCUUUCGUCACGUUCAAGCUAAAUCAGGAGAAAGAGUGUGACUGGACCGGACUGAAGUUCUCGCGCGAUGGCAAGACAAUAUUAAUCAGCACGAACGGGUCAAUUAUUCGCCUGGUGGAUGCCUUCCACGGCACCCCGCUGCAGACGUUCACAGGUUACCCCAACAACAAGGGCAUCCCGAUCGAGGCGUCCUUCAGUCCCGACUCGCAGUUCAUCUUCUCAGGCAGCACGGAUGGACGGGUGCAUGUCUGGAACGCGGACACUGGCUACAAAGUGUGCGUUCUCAACGGAGAUCACCCAGGUCCCGUGCAGUGCGUCCAGUUCAACCCCAAGUACAUGAUGCUGGCAUCUGCGUGCACGAACAUGGCGUUCUGGCUGCCAACGUCCGAGGACGGCUGCUAGUGCGACGCUCGCAGGUGUUUAGAAUUAAGAAACUGAUGUCCUGAUUUAUAACUUAAUUUUAUUAAUAAACCACGAUCACAACAAA